AUGCUGUUUUCGAGCAUAGUUUUUCAAUCACUUCUCAACAGGAAGGUUCAAACAGAUUCUGAAUCAGACAUUUCACUCACUGAUUCUCAAAACGAUGAUUUGCAAAAAAUUACCGAAGAAAUUAAAACAAAACAAAUUACAAAACUAAUUGUAGGUGGUGAUUAUUACACAAUUCCUAGCUUUGAUGGUCUUUCCUUUGUUAAAAUUGUUGAAAUUCAAAGCCAAAAUAUUGACACAAUUGAACCAAAUACUUUUAAAGAUAAUAGAAAUAUUCAAAAAGUUAUUUUAACCGCAAACGUUCAAUAUAUUUUGGAUAAUGCAUUUGAAAACUCAACAAUUUCAGAAAUUAAUCUUGAAAAUGUCGUAGAAAUUGCAAGAGAAGCAUUCAAAAAUUGCAAAUUUAUUCAAACACUUAAAUUAUCUCAAUUACGAACACUUGGAUCUUCUGCUUUUGAAAAUACGCCAAUAACUGAACUCAAAUUCAUCGACGAAAUGACCUCAAUUCCGGCUCGCUUAUGUUACAAUUGCAGAAAUCUUACAACAGUUGAAUCAAAUGCUCAGGAUAUUAGCGAUUAUGCAUUUUAUAAUUGUACUUCAUUAUCAAAGAUAACUUACAGUAAAAACUUAUACUGGUUUGGUUUCUAUGUAUUGGCUAUGACAAAAGUUGAAGAAUUAUAUUUUGGCAACCGAAUUCCAGAUUUAAAUUUGGUUCCUCUGAAAAAGCUAAUUAUUGGAAUAAAUAAUGAUAAUUAUAAAAUUCCAGACCUGCCCACAUUGAAAAUUAUCGAAUUUACCAAAGAUUGCAAAAUUAUCAAUUUGAGAAAUUUACAUGUCGAAGAAGUAAUAUUCCCUAGUGAUCCUGACUACAGAUAUAGUAUUGAUAUUACAAACUACAAUCUUAAGGAAUUUCCACCUGGAUUAGAAACUGUAAAUUUUGUUGCAAAUAUGCCAGAGCUUGAGAAAGUUGAUUUAACAUAUUGCACGUACAUCAAGAGGAAUAGUUUCUUUAAUUGUCCAAAGCUCAAAGAAAUAAUUGGAUGGGGAGAACAUUCUAUGACCGUUGAAUCUAGUUUAUUUGAAUUAUGUCCAUUAAUUAAUAUCAAAACAUGGACAAAUCAAAUCAAUAUAUCUUCUCAAGUUAAUGGUUAUGAUGACAAUAAUGGUGUUCUUUCAUAUACUUAUAUUACAGAGAUGACAAUUAAGGGCUUUAAUUCUCAAUCAUAUGAUCCUAAGUUUUAUUGUUGCAAAGAUCUCAAAAAGGUUGUUAUCGAAGAAGGUUCUGGAUUAACUUAUAUUGCUUCAUAUCAAUUUGCUAACUGUACAAGUUUGUCUGAAGUUACACUAUCAAGUGAAAUUUAA